AGGCUGAGUGUUCGUUACGGAGAUCGAUAUAUUUCGUGUAGUAUAAAUAGGAGGGGCACAUGCCCUAGAUUUUUGGUUUUUAUAUCGAUUUUCAUUACAAGCCCUAGAAAUCUUUGGCAAUUCGACUCCGAAGGUCGAGGGUUGGGAAGAGGGGGAGGCCGAUUUUUAGUUGAUCCAAGUACGGAGAUAGUUGGAAAUUACUACCCAUUUUGAAGAGGAAGGAGAAUCUUGGGUAUCUGGGUUUGGUGUUGAGAUCUUGAAGGGCUUUUGGAGGGCGAUAAGAACGUAGUGUGGUUAAAGAUGAUGUCGAGAUCAUAUACUAAUCUAUUGGAAUUAGCAUCAGGGAAUUUCCCAGUAAUGGGUAGGGAGCGGGACCGGGACCGGAGGCGGCUUCCCAGGGUAAUGACCGUUCCAGGAAGUAUUGCUGAACUUGAUGACGAUCAGGCUCAAAGCGUGUCAUCUGACAAUCCUUCUUCGAUUGCUUCAGAUAGGAUGAUUAUUGUGGCAAAUCAGUUACCUUUGAAAGCCAAGCAAAGACAAGAUGGUAAAGGAUGGAAUUUUAGUUGGGACGAAAACUCUGUGCUUUUUCUCCUCAAGAAUGGCUUUCCUGAAGAUAUGGAAGUUUUUUAUGUUGGUUCAUUGACGGUUGAUGUUGGUCCAAUUGAGCAGGAUGAUGUUGCCCAACUUCUGUUGGACAGAUUUAAAUGCGUCCCUACUUUUCUUCCUCCCAAUAUUCAAGAAAAAUUUUAUGACGGUUUCUGCAAGAAGCAACUAUGGCCUCUUUUUCACUACAUGCUGCCGUUUUCGGCUGACUAUGGACGCCGGUAUGAUAGGUCCAUGUGGGAAGCCUAUGUAACAGCAAAUAAGCUUUUCUCACAAAAGGUCAUUGAGGUGAUAAACCCAGAGGAUGAUUUUGUCUGGAUUCAUGAUUAUCAUUUGAUGGUGUUGCCUACCUUUUUGAGGAGGCGCUUCAACCGUAUGAGAAUGGGGUUCUUCCUUCACAGCCCUUGGCCAUCAUCUGAGAUUUAUAGGACUCUUCCCGUUAGAGAAGAGAUUCUGAGGGCUCUGCUCAACUCUGACGUUAUUGGUUUCCACACCUUUGAUUAUGCUCGACAUUUUCUUUCUUGUUGCAGUCGGCUGUUAGGACUGGAAUAUCAAUCAAAAAGGGGCUAUAUUGGGUUGGAAUACUAUGGGAGGAAUGUUGGAAUAAAGAUUUUGCCAGUUGGUGUUCACAUGGGUCAGAUUGAGUCAGUAAUAAGACUUUCUGAUAAGGAGGGUAAGGCUGAGGAGUUAAAGCAGAAAUUUCAAGGUAAAACUGUGUUGCUUGGAGUUGAUGACAUGGAUAUUUUUAAGGGAAUAAAUUUGAAACUUCUAGCCAUGGAACAUUUGCUGAAGCAACAUCCUAAGUGGCUGGGGAGGGCUGUGUUAGUACAGAUUGCAAAUCCCCCAAGAGGUAAAGGGAUAGGUUUGGAUGAAAUACAGGCUGAAAUACAUGAAAGCUGCAAGAGGAUCAAUGAAGAAUUUGGGAAGCCUGGUUAUGAACCAAUAAUUUUUAUAGACAGGCCAGUUUCAAUCAGUGAAAGGAUCACUUAUUACAGCAUAGCAGAGUGUGUUGUUGUUACAGCUGUGAGGGAUGGCAUGAACUUGACUCCAUAUGAGUAUAUUGUUAGCAGACAGGGCAUAUCUAGUGCUGAAUCAGGUCCAGAUUUGAGUGGGCCUAAGAAGAGCAUGUUGGUUGUGUCAGAAUUUAUUGGGUGUUCCCCUUCACUGAGUGGGGCAAUACGUGUCAACCCAUGGAAUAUUGAAGCUACUGCCGAGGCAAUGAAUGAGGCUAUAUCAACAGAUGAAGCAGAGAAACAGUUGAGGCAUGAGAAACAUUAUCGUUAUGUGAGUACCCAUGAUGUGAGUUAUUGGUCACGGAGCUUUUUGCAAGAUAUGGAGAGAACCUGUGCAGAUCAUUUUAGGCGAAGAUGUUGGGGAAUUGGUUUAGGCUUUGGAUUUAGAGUUGUGGCACUUGAUCCCAGUUUCAGAAAGCUUUCAAUUGAUGCUAUUGUGUCAGAUUAUGAAAGGGCAAGGAAUAGAGCCAUACUGUUGGACUAUGAUGGCACUAUGAUGCCCCAAAACUCCAUCAACAAGACUCCAAGUGCAGUGGUUAUCUUAAUCCUGAAUAGACUUUGCGGUGACCCGAAAAAUAGAGUCUUCAUUGUCAGUGGAAGAGGCAGGGAUAGCUUGAGCCAGUGGUUUUCUCCAUGCACAAAGCUUGGAAUUGCUGCUGAGCAUGGCUACUUCUUGAGGUGGCCACAAGAUGAGAAAUGGGAAAUUUGUAGCCAGAGUUCUGAGUUUGGGUGGAUGCGAAUUGCUGAACCUGUGAUGAAAUUGUAUACUGAGGCCACUGAUGGUUCUUCAAUUGAAGCCAAGGAAAGUGCUUUGGUUUGGCAAUACCGGGAUGCAGACCCUGGCUUUGGGUUCUCUCAGGCAAAGGAGAUGUUGGAUCAUCUUGAGAGUGUUUUGGCAAAUGAACCUGUUGCUGUGAAGAGUGGUCAGUCCAUUGUGGAAGUCAAGCCCCAGGGGGUCAGCAAAGGUUUAGUUGCAGAGAAAAUAUUUACAUCAAUGGCUGAGAAUGGAAAGCAGGCAGAUUUUGUUCUUUGUAUUGGUGAUGACAGAUCUGAUGAGGACAUGUUUGAAAAAAUUGGAAAUGCAGCGUCAAGCAAUACCCUUUCUCCCUUUGCGUCAGUAUUUGGAUGCACAGUUGGACAGAAGCCCAGCAAAGCGAAGUAUUAUUUGGAUGAUUCUACUGAAGUGAUUAGCAUGCUUGAAUCUCUUGCUGAAGCCACUGAUUCUCCAGCCACCUCUGAUGAAGAGACUGAUGGCUCCCCAUGAUAGAAUCCAUGAUAUGAUCAGCGAUCAGACUCAUUUCUCUUGAUUGACUUUGGUUCCUGUCUUCUGUGGGAUGUACAUUCUGGAGUGGUUAAUGAGUAUUCCUUGCAUAGUGUGUUAGGCAUAGGCUUAAGUCACCGCAGUCAUAGUUUUUACAUUGUUUCCUUUUCUCCUCUCCCCUCUAUUUUUGGCCCCCGUACUUUUGGUCACUUUCUGCAUAGAAUUGGCAUUUAGCUAGGAGAAGUGUGCUGAAGAUUUUAGGAAUGAUCCCUUUAAUAAAAUAUAGAAGAAGCAGAAGCAUGGUAGGGAAUAUAAUCAAUCUGGUCAGCUUACAUUUGAAGUAUCACUGUAGAAGGGACAUUAAUGGUGAGAAAUUUAUGGCGGCCUGGACAAGCAGUGAGCACGACACAGGAUGUUUGAUGAACUUCGGCAGUUAGAUCUCUGUAUCAGUUAAUCUCAGUCCAGGUCAGAAUCAACAAAAGCUUCAAAAUUUUUGCAAGUUGUUGAACAAUAUACAAAGCAUAGAUGUAAAUGUUGCAGAAAAAUGUCCAUUUGGUUGACAUCUCUAACGAUUUGGAAGUCUUAUCAGAAAGUGAUAGAUGAGUCUCAAAAUUGUGUGAAAAUUGUAGAUCUUAGCAUGCAGAUUCCUCCGGCGAAGACUUAGGCUUGGCCAUGUGUUGGUGCUUUCUUGUAUCAAGGAGUGGAAAUUAAAGGAAUUGGCAUUCUAGCCAGGACAGAUGAGUAAACGUCUGUGUCUGUAGAUUUAAGGUUUGGCGCGGCACAAAUUUGAGGCUCUGCCUUUUUGUUCCUUUCGACAAUGUGUGGAUGCGAGACGUUUGAGACAAAAAACUUGAAUUGCCAUCAAUGGAUGCCCCUCAUAAUGAGAUUUUAAUCCCUUGUCCUGUGAAUAGUUUUGGUUUUUCUCUCAUUUGAUCUGUUGAACAAGAGCUAUGUAAAUUUCCUGAUAAUGAGUUUCUGUAGUUGCAUUUCCAGAUCAAACCUUCUUGGAUAACUGCUUGAGUUUUAUGGCCAUGAUCGAGUCUUUUUAA